AUGCUUCUCAGCGAUCCGGAGAUGGAGAGCAGUAUACUGAUCAGCUCAGAUGAAGGGGCAACUUACCAGAAAUACCGGCUCACCUUCUACAUCCAGAGCCUGCUCUUCCACCCCAAGCAGGAGGACUGGGUGCUGGCCUACAGCUUGGACCAGAAGCUUUACAGCUCGAUGGACUUUGGAAGACGAUGGCAACUCGUGCACGAGCGCAUCACACCCAACAGGUUUUACUGGUCGGUGUCGGGACUGGAUAAGGAGGCAGACCUGGUGCACAUGGAAGUGAGGACCACCGAUGGAUAUGCCCACUACCUCACCUGCAGGAUCCAGGAAUGCGCUGAGACAACUCGAAGCGGCCCCUUUGCUCGUUCCAUCGACAUUAGUUCCCUGGUCGUCCAGGAUGAAUAUAUCUUCAUCCAGGUAACAAUAGGUGGAAGAGCCAGCUACUACGUGUCCUAUCGAAGAGAAGCCUUUGCCCAGAUAAAGCUGCCCAAGUACUCCUUGCCAAAGGACAUGCACAUCAUCAGCACAGAUGAGAACCAAGUGUUUGCAGCCGUCCAAGAAUGGAACCAGAACGACACGUACAAUCUCUACAUCUCGGACACUCGCGGGAUCUACUUCACUCUGGCGAUGGAGAACAUUAAGAGCAGUCGAGGUCUAAUGGGAAACAUCAUUAUUGAAUUAUAUGAGGUAGCAGGUAUCAAGGGCAUAUUCCUGGCAAACAAGAAGGUGGAUGACCAGGUGAAGACAUACAUCACUUACAACAAAGGCAGGGAUUGGCGACUACUCCAAGCUCCAGAUGUGGACCUGAGAGGAAGCCCGGUGCACUGCUUACUGCCCUUCUGUUCCUUACACCUGCAUCUGCAGCUCUCUGAAAACCCAUAUUCCUCUGGAAGAAUCUCUAGCAAGGACACAGCCCCCGGACUUGUGGUGGCCACAGGUAACAUUGGCUCAGAACUCUCCUAUACAGACAUUGGUGUGUUCAUCUCCUCUGAUGGGGGCAACACAUGGAGACAGAUCUUUGAUGAAGAGUACAAUGUCUGGUUCCUAGACUGGGGUGGCGCCCUCGUGGCCAUGAAACACACACCUCUGCCAGUCAGGCACUUGUGGGUGAGUUUUGAUGAGGGCCACUCCUGGAGCAGAUACGGUUUCACGUUGCUGCCUCUCUUUGUGGAUGGGGCAUUGGUGGAGGCAGGAGUCGAGACCCACAUCAUGACAGUUUUUGGCCACUUCAGCCUGCGCUCCGAAUGGCAGUUGGUGAAAGUGGACUACAAGUCUAUCUUCAGCCGGCGCUGCACCAAGGAGGACUUUGAGACUUGGCACCUGCUCAAUCAGGGAGAGCCUUGUGUCAUGGGGGAAAGGAAAAUAUUCAAGAAACGCAAGCCAGGUGCUCAGUGUGCCCUCGGCAGAGACUACUCUGGUUCAGUGGUAUCAGAACCCUGUGUUUGUGCGGAUUGGGACUUCGAAUGUGACUAUGGCUAUGAGAGACAUGGGGAGAGCCAGUGUGUCCCAGCUUUCUGGUACAACCCAGCUUCCCCCUCAAAGGACUGCAGCCUUGGUCAAAGCUACCUUAAUAGCACCGGGUACCGGAGGAUUGUGUCCAACAACUGCACAGAUGGGUUAAGGGAUAAGUACUCUGCAAAGACUCAACUGUGUCCGGGAAAAGCUCCUCGGGGUCUCCACGUGGUAACCACUGAUGGGCGCCUGGUGGCAGAGCAGGGCCAUAAUGCCACCUUCAUCAUUCUGAUGGAAGAGGGUGACCUCCAAAGGACCAACAUCCAGCUUGACUUUGGGGAUGGAAUUGCUGUGUCCUAUGCCAACUUCAGCCCCAUUGAGGAUGGCAUCAAGCAUGUGUAUAAGAGUGCGGGCAUCUUCCAGGUGACAGCGUAUGCAGAGAACAACCUUGGUUCUGAUACAGCCGUCCUCUUCCUACAUGUAGUUUGUCCAGUGGAGCAUGUUCACCUUCGAGUUCCAUUUGUCGCCAUAAGAAACAAGGAUGUGAACAUCAGUGCAGUUGUGUGGCCCAGUCAAAUGGGGACCCUUACCUACUUCUGGUGGUUUGGCAAUAGCACAAAGCCCCUCAUCACCUUGGACAGCAGCAUCUCUUUCACAUUCCUUGCAGAGGGAACCAACACCAUCACUGUGCAGGUAGCUGCUGGGAAUGCUCUCAUCCAAGACACCAAGGAAAUUGCAGUGCAUGAGUACUUCCAGUCACAGCUCUUAUCCUUCUCUCCAAACCUGGAUUACCAUAACCCUGAUAUUCCCGAGUGGAGGCAAGACAUAGGCAAUGUUAUCAAGAGAGCUCUGGUUAAGGUAACCAGUGUCCCAGAAGACCAGAUUCUCGUGGCUGUGUUCCCAGGUCUCCCCACUUCAGCAGAGCUUUUCAUCCUCCCACCCAAGAACUUGACAGAGAGGAGGAAAGGCCACGAAGGGGAUCUAGAGCAAAUUGUAGAGACAGUAUUUAAUGCGCUAAACCAAAACCUGGUACAGUUUGAGCUGAAGCCAGGGGUCCAGGUCAUUGUAUAUGUCACACAGCUGACAUUAGCUCCACUGGUGGACUCCAGCGCUGGGCACAGCAGCUCUGCCAUGCUUAUGCUAUUGUCAGUGGUAUUUGUCGGCUUGGCUGUGUUUCUGAUCUACAAGUUUAAAAGGAAAAUCCCCUGGAUAAACAUCUAUGCCCAAGUCCAACAUGACAAGGAGCAGGAGAUGAUCGGAUCAGUGAGCCAAAGUGAAAAUGCCCCCAAAAUCACACUCAGUGAUUUCACUGAGCCCGAAGAACUGCUGGACAAAGAGCUGGAUACACGGGUCAUAGGAGGCAUUGCCACCAUAGCAAACAGCGAGAGCACAAAGGAGAUCCCCAACUGUACUAGUGUUUAACCAAGAAGCCACAUGGUCAACCACCUUCCUGACUUUUUAUUUUUGAUGACUAUUAUUACUGUUAUUAUGGAAAAAUGAAAAUGUCUUUUUUACCUUUUGUUUACCAAGGGUUCCUUCAUAAAUAACAGGCAGAUACUGAGCUUUGGGAGGAAACAGAGGCAUCCUUAGCUGAUUGCAACGGAUGAAGGAAUACAUGAUUGUGUCUGUGUUAAGGAUGUGUUUUCCCACAGGCUCCUUGCUUUACUCUGCUGGUGGUAGAGCAAAGACAUUCUUGUGUUCCUCUGCCUUUAUUUGAAUUGGAUUUCUGUUCAUUUCUAUUUCUCCUGCCCCUGCCACCCUCCACAGUGCAUACACACACAACACAUAUCAUCCCCCGGUUCAAUUGCAGGAUGUAGGUUGAGGGGGGAGUGGACGUAGCUGCCAAAGGCACGCACACCUUUCUGAAAGAGGCCCUGCCUCGUGCAUGUCAAUUCUGAGGCUACAGAUGGCAUAUUGUAUAUAACUACAAUGUAAAUAGCUUUUUAUUUCCUAAGAAAUAAUUUAAUGUUUAGUAAAAAAGAAAACAGAAAAAAAGAAAGAUGUGUGUGUUGGCUUAUGCACUCACCUUCAGUGCCGACCGCCCCCCAGCCUGCUUGAUGUGUUGGAUUCUGGAUGCUCUCCAGAUUUCUGUCACACUCAACUCUUGCGUCUCUGUCCACACCAUAGCUGGUUUCUGCUUAUGUAUAUAAAGUGGGCGAGGAGGGCUUCUUUGGGGCAGUUAACAAAGGAAAGACUUUAUUGGCAUCUGAGAACAUGGGGGCUGUUUUCUUCAUGAGAUAACAUGGAAGGUAACACAAGGCCUAGUAGAGACUUCAAACUGAAACCCAGUUGGGGAAAUAAGACCUUUUCUCCAAAAAAAAAAAAUAAAAAAGCAAACAAAAAGAAUGCUAUUUACCAGCCCAAGAAAGCAGAACUCUCUAAAGAAGGAGCAAUGGAUCUAAGGAUUCUGGUACUUCUGUUUUCAGAAAUUGGAUUCCAGGAAUAUGUGCAUUUCUCAUGGCAAGUUCCAAGCUACUCAGAGCUCAGAACAGUCCGUGGGCACUAUGUUAGGCUCAGUGAGUAUCUACUGGAAUGAGAAUAGUCAGAGGCUAGACUAGAGGUGCCAUUUUGUGGAAUCCCGAUUCUGUGCAAACCCUGCAGGCCGAAUAGAGGCCUAGCCCUUAAUGAUAUUAGUCAGACAUGAUUUAGCAAAGCUGUGCUGUUUGCUUGUCAGAUGUACACAACUUCCUAAAAGUCCGACGUCUGCCUCCAGUUCCCUUAAGGUAGUCCUCGCGUCUGAGGUGAAGGGCUUUCAAAGCCCUUCCUCACUUCCCUAGCACCUCAGCCCCUCCACACGUUUGACAUGCCAGUUCUUUUCCGUAGGAUCACUUUCCACCAUGCUAUAAGCGUUGUUUUCGUUUCCAGGCUCUGCCUGAGCACACCUGUUUUAAAGAAUGAUAUACUGUAUAUAUAUAUAUGGGAGGAGAGGCCACAUUUUGUACCUAGUAACCCUCACAGGAUGCUGUUCAUGUUCCUCCUUGUGAGACACGGGGAGAAUGUGAUAGAGAAAUCUAGCUGGCUACAGCCUAGGUCAGUGUUAGAAAUGUUUCUAAAGAUCCUUUUCGUUUUAAGGGUUAAA